UAUUUUGGGGAAAAUUACUUGGUUCUUUAGGAAUCUGUGCAAGAAGGAGAACUCUUGUUAGCCUAUGUUACAAAUUUGUGUUUGUUUUUGUUAAGAUUUUGAUUAAAAUGAAUGACUUAAGUUGAGGUCUUUCCCUUGAUUUAUAAUACAAAUUAAAUACAUUCUAAUGACAAUAAUACCCUUAUUAACUCUCACUAAUUAACAUAUGAACUCACUUAAUGUUAAUAAUAAUACUACUAAAAGACAUAAAUAACCUCUAACACUCCUCCUUAAGCUAGAGCAUAAAUGUCAUAUGCUCCUAACUUGUUACAAAUAAAUUUAACAUGAGCACCCCCAAUGCUUUGGUAAACAAAUCAGCAAGCUACUUAUCUGACUUCACAUAAGGGGUAGCAAUGAGCUUCUGUACAAGUUUUUCCUGUACAAAGUAACAAUAAACUUUACUAUGCUUUGUCCGCUCAUGAAAGACCGGGUUGGAGGCAAUAUGAAGAGCAAAUUGAUUGUUACACAUAAACUUCAUAGGCUGAGAAUGAGAAAUACCCAAUGCUUCCAAAAUGUUCUUUAGCCAGACAAGUUCAUAAGUAGUGUGAGCCAUAGCUCUAUAUUCUGAUUCAACACUUGACCUAACCACUAAAGUUUGUUUCUUACUCCUCCAAGAAACCAAAUUACCACCAACCAAGAUACAAUACUCGGUUGUGGAUCUCCGAUCGGAAGGCCACCCGGCCUAAUCUGCAUCUAUAUAUCCAUGGAUAUAAGUGUGACCCUGAUCACAAUAUAAAAAGUCCUCUCUCAGGUGCACCUUCGAGAUAUCUCAAGAUGCAAAUUAUUGCGUUCCAAUGACUUGUCCUCGGAAAAUUUAGAAAUUAACUCACAACACUUGUUGCAAAAGAUAUAUUCGGUUAAGUGAUUGCGACUUAAUUCAACUUUCCAACAAGUCUCUGGUACUGUUCAGGAUUAGGUAGCAAAUCACCUAUAUCCGACACUACUUGCUCUAAGGAUCUGUUAGCCCUAGUGGCUAAGGGUUCUCAUUCCAGCUUGUUUUGAUGACAACCCAUUAGUAGUUCUUAAAGUAUGCUAACAUUUUUCCUCAAGCUCAGUUUAGAUAUACAGGAAAACUCCAAGACAAGCAUAAGAGUCAAAUAUGUAUUGAAUAGGCAAAUGACCAUCAACAAAGUCCAACAUAUGGCACAUCCGCAACUCAACUACUCAAGCAAAGCACUUAUGAUUUCUACAUAUAUGUGUUGGGUUGUGCGUAUCAGAUUGACAUUGUAACUCCUGUGCAUAUGGUAUGUUCAAGAGUAUCUUGCAAGAGAUGAGAAAAUCAUACAUGCAUAUAGUUCAUAAUAGGUUAGAACAUGAUUCCGAGUUCACACAUUCAUGUCAAGUCACUUAAACUGCAUCAAAUGUUAAAAUGGCUUUCCAACGUAUUUUAUUAAACCAAGACAUCUUAAAAUUGGUAAAAAUUAAUUCUUGACAAGAUGGAACCUUUACUUGAAAGAAAACCAAUUUUUGAACGUGUUCACACUUAUAUUAGUAAGGGGUUCAUCGACGAACAUAGGGGAUUCGUCGACUUUUUGAACGUGUUCACAUUCAUAUUAGUAAGGGGUUCAUUGACGAACAUAGGGGAUUCAUCGACGAACAAAAGAAUUCGUCGAUGAACAAAAGAAGGGAUUUCAUCGACAUACACAGGGGAAUCGUCAACGAAAUGAUACCGAGACCACCAAAAAUUUCAAAGCAGGUUCAUUGACCAAUACAGGGGAUUCGACAACGAAUAUGUAGUGGUGGUUCGUCGACGUACAUAGGGGACUCGUCGACAAAAUGAAACCGAGACCUACCUGAAUUCAGAACAGAAGGUUCGUCGACGAACACAAGGUUUCGUCGACGAAGGCAUGCGUAAUACUCAUUGACGAAAGUGUGAAUUUGUCGACGAAUGUCGGGCUGCUGACAACAUUUAAUGCGUAUUAACGACUAGUUUUCAAAUUGUCUUAUGUCCAUUAAUGCCCAACGGCUCUCCAGCACAUUGCUCGUCCCUUUGCCCUUAAAUAUGAGUCUUGUGCAUUCAUUUCAAACUAGUUGAGUACUUGGUGGUUAAGCACAUUGAAUGAGCAUUCAUUUCUAGGGUUUUCAUUCUUGCUCAUACUCCCUAGCUUUCUUGCUCUUUACUCUUGUCUUACAUAUCAUCACAAAAAGAGUAGUGUGAGGUUUUGACUUGUAAUAUCAGCUCAAAAAGGAGCAAUUGAAUUUGUAUCUCAUUGUUUUAAUUCGUUGUGUUGAGGGGUUCUUUGUGAGCCUUUGUAAGGUAACUCUUGGUAAGCACCUCGUUGGAGCUCUUGGUGAGUAGUUGGAUGGUUAAGGCUUCUUCGCCGGUGAAGGAGGAUUGCUUGGUGGUGGAUUUGGGGAAUCCUUGAGUUGGUCUCAAGGCGUGGACGUAGGCUUAGUGCCGAACCACGUUAAUAUCGUUGUGUUAAGCUUUCCUUCUCCUUCUUCUUUCAUUUUGUUUGCUUGUUAUUAUUUGUCUUAAAUAUAAAUUAUGAUAUAAUAUUCUUGCAUCUUGCCAAGUUAUUUUUGUGAUUGUAGAAAAAGUUUUAUAUCUGCGAAAGACGUAUUCACCCCCCCUCUAGACGCACAGCCGGACCAACAAGUGGUAUCAAAGCGAGUCGCUAGACCUUUGGAGUAACAUCUAGUGCGCAAAGAUCCAAUGGCGGACAUGUUUGCCCAAGGACAAUCCGUUGACCGUCGACCCAAGUUCUGCGGUGUCAACUAUCUGGCAUGGAAGGACGGAAUGUCAAUCUUCAUCUAAGCAUAUGACUAUAGAAUGUGGAAUGUAAUCACCGAAGGAGAUUACAUAUUUAAGGAUGACGAUGAUGAAAUCAUAACGAUAGGAAAGCUCCCAGAAGCUGAUGCAAAACUGGCACAACUAAACUUUAAAACAAAAAACUUCCUUUAUUGUGCUGUGAACGAUGAAGAAUACAACCGGAUCUGCGGAUGCAACACAGCCAAGGAAAUGUGGGAGAAGCUCCAGGUAACAUAUGAAGGUACAUCUCAGGUGAAAAAAUCAAAAAUCUAUAUGUUAGUUAAAGAAUAUGAAAUGUUUAAAAUAGAAGAAGGUGAGUCGAUUAUUUCCAUGUUCGCAUGUUUUACACAUAACAAAUGGAUUGAAAGCACUUAGUAGGGAAUAUUGUAUGGAAGAUAAUGUGUAAAAAGUUCUUUGUUUAUUACCGGAAUCAUGACAUGCAAAGUCUACGGCGAUUGAAGAAGCAAAGGACCUAUCUAAGGUCACUCUUGAUGAGCUCAUUGGAUCUCUCAUGACUUAUGAGAUCAAGAAGAAGAAUGCUGUAGACGAAGUUGACAAGCUAAAAAAGACAACGGACAUGGCUCUAAAAAUAGCAAGCAAGAAGGAAAUUAUGGAAGAAGAAGAAGAAUGCGACAAUGAUGAUGAAGUAGCUCUCCUCACAAGAAGAUUAAGAAAUUUCCUGCUAAACAAACGGGCUGGUAAGCAAAAGGAGAAAGGAGAAUCAAGCAUAAAAUGUUAUAAUGCGAGAAGACUGGACACCGAAUGGUUGAUUGCCCAAACUUCAAAAACAAAGGCAACAACUAGCUAGGAGACUAGAAGAAAUACAAAGCUAUGAAUGCAACCGGAUGGGACGAACUUGAUGGAACAUCAACCGAUGAAGAAAAUGAAGAACUUGCAAACUUCUGUUUUAUGGCAUAUGAACAAAUGAGUGUGCAGGUUUGCUUGAAGACAAAUUCCACAAGGAAAAAAUGGUUUCUCGACAACGGUUGCUCAAGACACAUGACUGGAGACGCUGACAAAUUUCUCUCUCUCUCCUACAAAAAAGAAGGGUUAGUGACAUUUGGAGACAACGCCAAGGGUAGAAUUAUCGGCAAAGAUUCACUUGAAGAAAAACCCUGCAUAUCUGUCGAGAUAAAGAUAUACAGUUCUUGCUCCUCCUUGUUUUAUUCCCUUCAUUUCAACUCUUUCUUCCAAAUGCAGCCCAAAUGUGGAUUUAUUCCAAAUUCAAGAUUCAUAACUGAAGGAAAUUCUGUUAAAAGGAGUAUAAGUCGUUUUAGAAUGCACCAGUUCCUCAAAUUGCACCAGAAUGAGGUCUCACAAGUGAGUGAAUAUGAUCCGCUUGAUCUGUUCUCUGGAUGCAAGGAUAGAAUACAUAAGGCCAUCAAGGCACUUUUUGCUCAUCCUCAGAACAACCUCCGAGUAUUCUUAAAUGGUUCUCUUGUGUUUGGAAGCUUGGCUGGCAGCACAGGCAGUACUAUUUUUGUGAAUGGUGAAGCAUUUGAAAAUGCCCUCAAGCAUGCCAUUUGGGCUGAAGAUGGCCUGCGUACAAUGAGUUUUGUACAUCUUGUCGCUGAGACAGUAUUCAAGUCACGAGUACUUGAUCUGCUUCUCAAAGUACAACACCGUGAUAAUCUUGAUAUAGAAGGGGCAAUUCAUGCUUAUUAUGACGUUGUUUCUCAGCCUUGCAUUGUAUGUAGAGAUUUAGGCGAAGACCAAACAUCGGGAAAAUAUGCCAUUUUGCAUUCCAUUCCUUUGGAUGAAAGCUUUAAUAUCGUGAGGGACUAUCUGAUAGCUGCUACUGCAAAGGACUGCAGUUUAAUUAUUAGUUUUAGGCCGAGAGAAAAUGGAAAGCAAGGAUCUCCAUAUUGUGAUGUACAUUUGGAAUCUACCAACCAAAAUUUUGAUUACAAGGCAUAUUUUAUUGAUUUGGAUAUGAAACCGUUGAAAAAGAUGGAAUACUAUUAUGAACUGGACCAGAAAAUUCUGAGCUGCUACACUCAAAUGCCACGAACAGAGCAUAAACCAGAAAACGCUGCAAGCAUUGAAACUCAUAGACCUAUAUAUCGAGAACUGAUCCAGCUAUUGAAAAGAUAUCUCUCUGACUAAAGAGUGUGCUUGUAGUUAAAAGAUAUGUUGUUUGUAAGAUUUCCUUUUUAAAAAAAUAUUGGUUGAUGUCUUCGGUGUGUACUAUGUUAUGAUCUGCCAAUGUGCUGAUCUGUUGCUGUAUUCAGUCUUGCCUAGACAUCUAUGCCCUUGGCUUCUUUAGCUUGAUGUAAUUUGUUCUAGUUCUAGGCCUGGGCAACAACUUCAGAAGUAUGUUCCCCAUCAUCAAGAGACUAGCAUAUUUUCUCUAGUUUUAUGCACCAUAGGUCACAUGAAGCAAUGUAGAGGUAAUAUUUAAAGGCGUGAAAUUAACAAAUUGUUCA